AUGUGCUCUAAAACAGACAGUCCAAGCUUCAAAGACACCACCUUCUGUAUGUCUAAAAGUCAAGAGCGAGAUACGGUUCCGAGUGAUGAAACUCUUGAGGAUAUGAACGAUCCACUGUUGGAUACGUUUGAACUUUCAAGCUUCAACCGUGAUGGAAAAUCGAGUGCAUAUGAAAAAGUCCCAGGAUUAAGCAAUGAAAGCGAGGAGCUGCGAUCCUCUUAUCUGCAAACUCAAAGGUCCAAAUCUAGCAUUUUUAUGGCUUUUAUGAAUAUGGCGAACAGUAUUUUGGGCGCUGGCGUCAUAGGACAACCUUUUGCCAUAAAAAACUGUGGGCUGGUAGGUGGAGUACUGGCCAUCGUACUGCUUUCCAUUAUGGUAGAUUGGACAAUUAGGCUCAUUGUGAUAAACCUUAAGAUUUCAGGCAAGACUAGCUAUCAGGAUAGUGUAGAAUUUGCCAUGGGCAAGAAAGGCAAAUUGCUCAUUCUUUUAACGAACGGCUUAUUUGCUUUCGGAGGCUGUAUUGGGUUUUCGAUUAUCAUUGGAGAUACGAUACCACAUGUUUUGAGAGCUUUUUUUCCGGGGCACGAGGGGUUAUUCCAUCGCAAUGUAAUUAUAACUCUAGUUACCUGCUUUGUGUCACUCCCGCUUUCAUUGAAUAGAGAUAUUUCCAAACUAUCCAAGGCCUCUAUGCUUGCCUUAUUUAGUAUGGUUGUCAUUGUUGUCAUUGUUCUGAUCAAGGGACCUUUGAUUGAAGCGUCGUAUAAAGGCAACUUUAGCACAGGUGCCUUACUUAUCACACCGAGAAUUUUCCAGGGUAUUUCGGUAAUCUCUUUUGCUUUGGUGUGCCACCAUAACACCAGUUUCAUCUACUUCUCACUCAAAACCCCUAGCCUUAAAAGAUUCGAUAGGCUAACCCAUAUUAGUUGCUUUAUCUCGAUGAUAUUCUGCUUUAUAAUGGGAUAUUCUGGAUUUUUGGUGUUUAGAAAUAAAACGAAGGGUAACAUCCUCAACAAUUUUCCUGGCGGUGAUCGCGCAAUUAACGUUGCAAGGUUCUGCUUUGGAUUCAACAUGCUAACUACAUUUCCAUUGGAAAUCUUUGUACUGAGAGAUGUGAUCAGGGACCUUAUAUUUUUCAAUAAAGACGAUGGGCAACCUGUUAUAUUGAGCUCAAGGCUUCACUUUUUGAUAACUAUUGCGAUGGUCUUCUCCACGAUGGGCAUAUCCCUCAUCACAUGUAAUCUCGGUGCUCUAUUCGAAUUGAUCGGAGCAACGACGGCUUCGUUGAUGGCUUACAUCCUCCCCCCUUCAGUUAAUCUGAUGCUUGUUGGAUCUCAGAAGUCAUGGCGAGAGAAGGCACCUCAUUACGCAUGUAUUGCUUUUGGGUUUUCAAUCAUGAUCAUUAGCAGCACACAAACUAUAUUAACCUCUCUCAAUGGUGGGGAUGAGAAGCACUGCGACGUAUAG